AUGGAUACAAAUGAAGAAGAGUUGAAUGGAACAUAUAUUCCAGAUAGAUCUAUAUUAAAUAUAAAUAAUAUAAAUAUAAAUAAAAAUAUGAAUGAUACAUUAUCUAAAGAAUUAUCAGAAUUAAGAAUUGAUUUUUUAGAUGAAAAUGAUCAUCCAAUAAACAUUAAAUCUAUAUACUUAAAUGAUCAUGAUGAAGGUGAUGAUGGUACUGCUACCGAUGCUGCUGCUGCUGCUGCUGAUGAUGAUGAUGAUGAUGAUGAUGAUGAUGAUGAUGAUGAUGAUGAUGAUAAAGUUUAA